GAUUUUCAUGCUCCAACACCGACAUAAAACAAGCCGAAGCCCGUUACUCCUUCAUGGCAUAGGCAAAACUGUUUUAACAAUGCAGAUCCGGAGGAUCAACGGACAGCUUAUCUUCUCUGUCCGAUUCCGUUUUCUACUGGCGUUCGUCGGCUACCCCAUUCCGAAACUCGCCGUCCUUCCUUUGUAUCAUUCGCGUAGCCAUGGUCUCCACUUCAAUCGGCAGCAACCCGGCGGCGGCGGCCACACUUGCGAAGAUCUAUGUGAGGCGGUGGGUAGAGUGCUGAAGUCCUUGAUGAGUGGGCGGCGUCGGAUAGAUGCUCAGCCGGUGGGAUACUUGGUUCCCUUUCGCUUUGGCGGUGGUUUUGCUCGUCUUCGUGCACGUUAUAUGGGCAGCCGUUUGCCGCAGAUGGAAGCUGGAGCAGGCGAGGAGGGAGGAGGUCAUACACCUCGCGCGGUUGGCGGCGGAGGAAGCGGCUAGGGAGGAGAUGGAGGCUGCUCUUGCAUACGUCCCAGCGUCAACGGAAAGUUCUAGCGUAGAAUACACUGGAGGACCUUGGCGUUUCGAGUGUGCCGUCUGCCAUAGGCCUACCAGCACGAGGUGCUCUCGCUGUAAAACAGUCAGAUAUUGCUCUGGCACAUGCCAGAUUAUCCACUGGAGACGAGGUCACAAGAAUGAAUGCCAUCGUCCUCAAGCUGAUCACCAAGAUAAGCUUCAAGAAAGUAAUUCUCAUCUUAGUGCGGAAAAUUUAAAAUUGUUGGAUAAAACAUUUGCGAAUGAACAGAAAUCUGGUACCAAUACUGUUGAGGGACGCUCAUUUGAUUCCAAGUCUAAUUAUGUUGUAGGAGUCAAUGAUAGAAAGGAUAUUAAAUCAUUCUUGGAUUCAUCUAGGGCAGAUAGCUGUCGUGAUUCCUUAGUUGAUUCGUCAUCUAGCUGCUCUAUUUAUUCCGGCUUCUUGGAAAACUGUGAAGAAGCUUUUUCCUGUGCUGGUCAUCAUGCUAAUACUGACGGAGCUGUAUCUCGCGAUAAUGGACUGAAAGAAGCAGCUGUUGCUAACUCCAUUGAAAUUCCUCCUGUCGGAAGUGGCAGUGCAAGUUUUUUGGUAAACAAAUUGUCUCACACAAUUAAUUCAAAGCAAAAACUGUCCUCUCUUUGUACCAAAGACAAGAAGUAUAAGUUGAAUGAUUCUCUUGACUUGCACUUAGUUUCCUCUAACCUCAACACAACCAAUAAAUUUUCUCAAUGCACCACUAACUUCAAGAACAUAGGCGUUGAGUUAGAUGCCUGUUGUCCUGAAAACCACUUGAAGCAUUCUGACCAGAACAAAAUCUUUGGAACUAACUCUACCCACCUCGAUGGUACUAAGGAAUCCAGCCCCAGGGACUGUAAAGUCGUGGGAUCUGGAAAAUCAGGUUUUAACCCAAGCAGGAAAAGUGCUGAUGACUGGCUGCUAAAGGCUAGACGGUUGAGGUCUCUGUCUAUAUCUUUUGCUGAUCGUGCAUUCUAUGGCGGGAGAAGGCAGUCCAUUUUAGAUGAUUCAUCUUUAAAAGUUGACAAUGCCCCAAAAAUAACAUCUAAAUUCUCGAAGAGUACAGGUUUUGUAUCAAACUGUAAAUCUGAUCUCAGAACAUCUGUUAAAAGUAUUGUCCACCAGUUAAAGCCGUCACCGAGCUCUGGAGGUCUCUCAUCAAUGCCUAUGAAUUUCCCCUAUGAACUUUUUGCCAAGCUUUACUACUCUGACAAGGUGGAUAUGGAACCGUUUGGCCUUUCUAACUGUGGCAACAGUUGCUUUGCUAAUGCAGUGCUCCAGUGCCUGACAUUUACUCGGCCACUAAAUGCUUAUCUUCUUGAAGGAUUUCAUAGAGCGAAAUGUUCAAGAAAAGGUUGGUGUUUCACUUGUGAAUUUGAAAAUCUCAUCUUGAAAGGAAAACAGGGGCAAUCCCCAGUAUCCCCUGUUGGAAUUCUAUCCCAUAUAGAUAGAAUUGGAAGUCAUCUUGCUCCUGGGAGAGAAGAAGAUGCUCAUGAGUUUUUAAGGUACGCCAUUGAUGCAAUGCAAUAUACAUGUAUAAAAGAAACUGGAGAUGUAGCAGACAAUAUUCCUGAAGAUGCUUGUCUAAUUCAACUAACCUUUGGUGGAUACCUUCGGUCAGAGAUAAACUGCAUGAAGUGCAAGGCCAAAUCUGAGCAACUGGACCGUAUGAUGGAUCUUACAGUCGAAAUCCAUGGGGAUAUUGGGACACUUGAACAAGCUCUUAAGCAGUUCACAACUACUGAAGUUUUGGAUGGGCAGAACAGAUACCGUUGCGACAGAUGUAAAUCUUUUGAGAGAGCGAAGAAAAAAUUGAGUGUUGUUGAGGCUCCUAAUAUCCUUACAAUUGCACUCAAGCGUUUUCAGGUGGGGAAGUUUGGGAAGUUGAAUAAAUCUGUUAGGUUCCCUGUUCUGCUGGAUCUAGCUCCUUAUAUGAGCAGGGUGGAUCAGUGCCCUCUGUACAACCUCUAUGCUAUUGUGGUUCAUUUGGAUGUCAUGAAUGCUGCUUUCUCUGGUCAUUAUAUAUGCUAUGUCAAGAGCAUGAAUGGCAAAUGGUACAUGAUUAAUGAUAGAGAGGUAAUCCCAGUGGAUCUGGAGAGAGUCUUAAAGGAAAACGCCUACUUGCUCUUUUAUGCCAGAAAAUCAUCCAAGCCCCCAAACCUCUCCAAGAAUGAAAGACGCCAAGCUCCAUUAACGCCUUCAAGCUGGUUCAAAAAGCCUGCAAAUUCCAUGCACGACGCUGGAUCAUCUACAUCCCAUCGAAAUUCGAGCUCUACGACACAAAGGAACCAUAAUCAAGUCCUUCAUGAGGGGCUCUACUUUCCUCGCACGGAUUCGUUCAGCGAUAGUUUAUCCUUCAGCUGCUCCGAAGAAGGUUCAUGGACGACCGAGAGCAUGAGGAAUUCGACGAGCACUGACGAGCUAUCCGACUACUUAUUUGGAGGCUCACAGACGUCGAGAUGGAGUCGACCGUCACACUUAUCGAAUGAAUCUGAUUAUAUCACUCAUUCACCUUCUUCAUCAAGACACUAUUUUCAUCAUGAAGAAUAUGGAGAGGGUUUGGAAGAUAUGGGAAACCAGUCUUUCAGCCAUUUGUAUUAUGAUAGAACUAUUAAUGGUGGUAUGUUCACAGAAAACCACAGACAGAAGGAGAACUAUUGGAACAGCCCUUAUGGGGAGAGGUCCAGUGUGUUAAUGAGAAGUUCUAGUGUUAGGGAGAGAAGACAUCAAACGUUGUAUUAAUUUUCUAGUUUUUAGUUCUGUAAAGAAAUAAGCUGUCAGAUGUAUUUUUGAAUAAAGUUAUUUUUCGA